UGGAAGUAAAUCAUAUACACACUUUGCAAACCAGAAUUUUCAGAUAGCUAGUUGGAUUUCUCUAAGCCUUUCAAGCAAGCAAAAUGACGAUCAUAGAGAUGAGAGUUCAUAUGGACUGUGCUGGCUGUGAAAGCAAGGUGAAAAGUGCUCUUCAGAAAGUUAAAGGUGUUGACGAAGUUGACAUUGAUAUCGGAAUGCAAAAGGUGACGGUCACCGGAUGGGCUGACCAGAAAAAGGUUCUUAAAACCGUCCGGAAAACCGGCAGGCGAGCUGAGCUGUGGCAGUUGCCUUACAAUCCAGAACACCACAGUUUUGCUAAUCACUACUACAAUCAACACCAAUGCAAUGGACCCUUGACAUAUUAUGCACCCCAGCCUUCAUCUUCUUACAAUUACUAUAAGCAUGGAUAUGAUAGCAAUGAUCCUGCCUAUUAUCACCACCCUGCUCAUUCAACUAUAUUUGGUAACCAAAAUGGUUCAGCUUUUAGUGAUGAGAAUCCUCAUGCUUGUUCUAUAAUGUGAAUUUAAACAAACAAAAAAUCAAAAAGAAAAGAAAUCGCUGCAACCCUUGUUUUAGGUUCUAAGAAUGAUAUAGUGCGCCUUUUCGUAUUUCUUUUGAAUGUACGAGCAAAUGCACAUCUAGAUGUAUACAUACACACACAUCUAGAUGUAUGUAUGUUAUUUUACCUAUAUACAUAAGUGUACCCAACUCAGCUAGGCAGCUCAAAAUCUGUCAUAUGGAAAUAAAAAGAUCU